AUGAGGUCUAGCGUCCUACUCACUGCUGACCAUCGCACGACAUGCCGCGCGUCGUCCACAUUGGACCGCAAUAAACAACUCUAUGGUGUUUCUAACAUUUUAUCCACUAAUUUGUCGAGCUGUUGGAAUUCUGCACAAGGCAGUCCACAGCAAGUGCAAGUGCAUUUUCAUCGUCUUGUCAAUAUUUAUACGUUAUCUAUCAUGUUUCAAGGAGGUUUCGUAGGUCAGGACAUUCAAGUACAUAUUAAGCACACCAAAGAUGGCGAAUGGAAAGAAAACGAUGUGGAAAUCGAUCCAGACGAUUCUAACGACUUGCAAGAGUUUCCAUGCGACGUGGAACAAGUCGAAGCGAUUGCAAUCACUUUUCAACGCAGCACAGAUUUCUACGGUCGUGUAGUUAUCUACCAACUACAAAUCUUGGGGACUGAAAGCAAAGAAGUUUGA